UUCCAUCAUUUCACAAUGAGUCUGCUGACAUUAACUCUAUUUAUUUGUAAACUCCUGGGAAAGCUGUGGGUACUGUUUGGCCUGGGUGUUCAGGUUAGCAUCUUAAGCAAUGCUUCCACUUCCAGAAGAUGCCCUGAAGCCUGUAUCUGUACUGCUGACCUCCUGAGCUGUUCCAGGAAAAACCUUCAGCGUGUCCCUGCCGGAUUGCCUCGGACAGCUAUCACCUUGGAUCUCAGCCACAAUGCUAUUGUUCACCUUCAUGAUUAUUGCCUGACCACUUUGCCACACCUUGAAACCUUUAGGAUUAGCCACAACAAAAUAAAAAACAUCACUCAAUGUGUGUUUCGCAAUGCUACCUACCUUCUGCAUCUGGAUAUGUCCUCCAACCAUCUGCAAACUGUGGAAAAAUACUACUUUGAAGACCUUGUGAACUUGAAAGAGCUUCUUCUUUACAAUAACAAGAUAGUGCAAGUAGAUGGAAAAGCUUUCAUGACAUUAAUCAAUUUGCAAAAGAUCUACCUAAGUUGGAAUAGGCUAACAAAAUUUCCAUUUGAGUCUAUUCAAAAACUUGAACAUCCUUAUCUAAGGAUGCUUGAUCUUUCUGCCAACAACCUAAGCAGCAUUCCUAUUCAAGUCAUAGCAGCUUUGCCGACGUACAUUAAAAAUGGCUUAUAUUUUCACAACAACCCUGUGAAUUGUGACUGCUCUCUGCAGGAGAUGCUCCAGGAAUGGAAACAUCGCGGUUACAGGUCUGUGCAGGAUUUCAUAGAGGAGCACAUUUGUAAAGCCUACCCCAAUACGCUCUCCUUAAUUAAGACCUUCGAUUACAAUAAAUAUUUCCACAUUUGUUCUUGGAAACAAAGGAAGUUUGACAUUCCAGAAGUGCUGUGCAGAGUGGGAGAAUCCUUGGUAAUAGACUGCAACACCAGUCUCCAUGAAGACAAUACCACCACUUACAGGUGGAUCUCCCCACGCCAUGAAUUAUUCAUGUAUCCUGAGCACAGCGAUCAGACACAUCAACCUUUAAAAAAUGGAAGCUUAAAGAUCAUCAAUCCCAACCGGUCGUACUCAGGUGUUUAUGAGUGCAUAGCAAUCAGUGAUCUCCAAAAGAUCAACGAAACGUAUGAAGUUAAUGUGACAGUCCACUACUCCAAAUUAGUGGAAUCUUUCAGUACUAGCCUCACAACCCUCCUAGGGUGUAUAGUAAGCUUGGUAUUAGUGCUGAUGUACCUGUACCUUACACCAUGUUUUUGCUCUAAGUGCUGCAGGAAGCCUAAGAGUCCCCCUCAAGACUGCAGUGCCCAAUCCUCUAUUCUUAGUACAACUCCACCGGUCACAGAUGUAACAAAUCGCAAGAUCAGUGCAAACAAGCAUGUUGUUUUUCUAGAGCCUAUCAAGGAGAAUCAGAAUGGCAAGGUCAAGCUGGCUGUCACUGAAGACUUUGAUGUGAACCCCCCUAAGCUCCUGAGACUUAAACUGGACUCAGACUCAAUCGGUACAGCUUUUUCUAAUCCUGUCAUGUCACCAGCAGAUGCAUAGCAAACCAACUGCAGAAAGCCUUCUUUAGUAGAUGGUUGCGAUGGGUUUUUUUUUUAAAAAAACUUGUUUCCAUCCUGGGAGGAAGAGAGGAGAACACAAGAUAUAUUCAUGGAGGAUUUCCUCACCACAAUCUAUAGAGGAUUUUUAAAAACGUUCUUUGGCUGGAGGAUGAAUCUUACAUCUUACGUUAUCUCCCCCACUAAUUCCUGUGCAAUUGCUCCAGUUCUCUUAGGCAUGGAAAUGAAAUGCAACUCCUUUUAAGCAAGGAAAGGAACAAUUGUUCUCUGCACAUCCCAAAUGAUUGCUGCAUGCUUCGUUCUCAAGAGAAUACAAUGUUCUAGAAGGUUGUCUUCUCCCAUUAGAACACUGCUGUGGAGUAUAAACUUGUGUUGUGGCUUUGACUUUUAGAGAACAAAGUUUUUACUAUAUAACAAGGCUAUUUUCAUCUUUGCAGAAGACCCAAGUGCCUCAUA